AUGGAUCAUGACAUGCCAGGAAUGGGAGGAAUGUCACCACCAUCACCACCACAAGAUCACAUGAUGAUGAGCAUGGGGUUGACACACAUGACAUUUUUUUGGAGUAAAAAUGCUGAAAUUUUAUUCUCAGGUUGGCCAGGAACGCGAACGGGCAUGUAUGUCCUAGCUUUGAUCAUUGUAUUUGUGGUCUCCUUGUUUGUGGAAUGGCUCUCUAACUCAAAUUACUUGAAAGACAAGAUGUCAAAUUAUAAUGGUCUUGUUAAGACAUUUGUGCAUGGUCUAAAAAUAGCUCUUGCUUAUCUUCUUAUGCUUGCUAUUAUGUCUUUUAAUGUUGGUGUUUUUAUAGUUGUUGUGGCUGGACAUACUUUAGGUUAUUUCCUAUUUGGUAGGUGUAAUAAUUCUGAGAGUAAUGCAUGCCAAGCUUGA